UCUUAUUCCGCAAGAGGGAAGCCAGCUGCGCGCAGCCAUGGUGAUGUUCAAGAAGGUGAAGACCUUUGUGAUGACCUUCAGUGAGCCAGAGAAGAUCUACUGCAGCGGGGAGAAGGUGGUGGGACGGAUACUGGUGGAGGUGGCCGAGGUCACUCGCGUCAACGCCGUCAAGGUGCUGGCCUGUGGCGUGGCCAAAGUCAACUGGACCAAAGGGCCCCAGCAGUGCAGGCAGGAGAUGGAGUACCUGCGCUUCGAGGAUGUCCUGACCCUGGAGGAGCAGCCCACUGAUGGGGAUGGCUCUGUGAUCCUGAGACCCGGCAACAAAUACGAGUACAAGUUUGGAUUCGAGCUUCCCCAGGGCCCCCUGGGCACCACCUUCAAGGGGAAGUAUGGCUGUGUGGAUUACUGGGUCAAGGCUUUCCUGGAGCGCCCAUCCUAUCCCACUCAAGAGAUCAAGAAGCGCUUCGAGGUGAUGGACCCAGUCGAUGUGAACACUCCGGAGCUGCUGUCUCCAGUUGCUGCCAAGAAGGAGAAGAAGGUGUCGUGCAUGUUCAUCCCCGAUGGGCGUGUGUCCGUCAGCGCUCAGAUCGACAGGAAGGGGUUUUGUGAUGGUAAGAGCCUCUUGGAGCAGGGGAGCAGGCAGAGCUGGAUGGGGGGGAUAUUGAAGUGGGCAUCCAGCAAGGAAAAGGCUCCAGUCUUAACAGCCAACAUGGUUCCUUCCCCAGGUGAUGACAUCUGCAUCAAUGCCGACUUCGAGAACACAUGCUCACGCAUCGUGGUGCCCAAGGCGGCCAUCAUCGCCAAGCACACCUACCUGGCCAACGGGCAGACCAAGGUCUUCACCCAGAAACUCUCCUGUGUCCGGGGCAACCACAUCAUCUCGGGCAUGUCCGAGUCCUGGCGGGGCAAAACCAUCCGAGUGAAGAAGCUCAAACCUUCCAUCUUGGGCUGCAACAUCCUGCGUGUGGAGUACUUCCUGCAGAUCUACGUGAGCGUCCCAGGCUCCAAGAAGAUCAUCCUGGAGCUGCCCCUGGUCAUUGGCAGCCGCUCGGGCAUCGGCAGCCGCAGCUCCAGCAUGGCCAGUCAGGCCAGCUCCGAGAUGAGCUGGGUGAACCUGAACCUUCCCGAUGCUCCUGAAGCACCUCCGUGCUACCUGGACAUUGUCCCUGAGGACCACCGCCUGGAGAGUCCCACCACGCCGCUGCUGGACGACACCGACAGCUUUGACAGCCCCAUCUUCAUGUACGCACCCGAGUUCAAGUUCAUGCCACCACCCACCUAUACGGAGGUGGAUCCCUGCAUCGCCAACAACAACGUGCAGUGAGUUGAGGGCGACUCUUCGUGCUUUUCCCGGACUGUUGCCGGCCGCCAGGCGGUCCCAGCGCCCUGCCCCGGGCAGUGGGCAUGGAGGAGGUGCUGCAGCGUCCUUCCGAGCCUGGGUGUUCCCUCGGGACCUCG